UACCGGCUGUGAUGGACGAUUCUCAGCCAUGGCUACAAACAGCGAAUCGAGUGCUCAUCGGGGUCGGUUUGGCUAUUAAUACUCCUCUUCUGGUGAUGCGAAUCUAUACCAAGAUUUGCCUGAUGAAAAAGUUUUGGUGGGAUGACGGUGAGUCGAUAGUAUUUUGCAGUCAAUGGAGCUUCGUUUGGGGGGCAUAGUUAACGGAUAGCGGCCAGUAUGCUUGAUUCUUGCUUGGGGACGCAAGCGAUCAUUCUAUAUGGGUUCGGACAUGCAGGCUAUGGCAUCCACGCUUCACAACUCUCGCUGUCCCAGUUGAGCACGUAUGGCAAGUGCAUGCUGGCGGCAUCGACGAUAUACGUUCCCGCUCUCGCCUUUGCGAAGCUCGCCUUGCUUAUGCUCUAUUAUCGACUCCUACAGGCGACGCACCCACGAUACAUAUACGCGAUAUACGCGGUCGGCUUCAUCAUUGCAGGCUACAGUCUUGCACUUUCCUUGGCGUUGAUCUUCGGCUGCAGCCCUAUACAAAAGAGCUGGGACGUGACGGUGGCAGGCUCCUGCAUCAACAUCAGCGGCGUGUAUCUUGCAACUGCGAUCACGAACACGAUCAGUGAUGUCACCUUGAUGUUGCUUCCGAUCCCCAUUGUAUGGGGUCUCCGGCUACCUGUCAUCCAGAAAAUAGGAGUGCUCUGCAUGUUUGGUGUUGGAUUUUUAACCACCAGUAUAAGUAUCGUUCGCUUAGCAACGCUGAUGCCUCUGGUCACGUCGCAAGAUCAGACACACGAUAUCGCGUUGGCAGCUGUCUUCAUCAAUAUUGAAGCCAACACGAUUAUCAUAUGCGGUUCAUUCCCCUAUUUACGCCAGUUUCUGCGAUACCAUGCUCCACGGUGGAUAGAUUAUAGUCUAGGCUCGCGACGGAAAUACUCUUCGACAGAGUCGCCAUCGGCUCCCGUGCGGAAGCCUGGUCUCACUCAACUCCAGGAUGAUAUUGAAAGGGCGGUCAAUCAUACGGAUGGGAUGGCGAGCGUGGAAGGAAAUAUCGAACGGGGGCCCAGAGAAGUACUAUAGCAUUCGUUUGGGUGCAGAAAAGUGGACGGUCUGGCCAGGUUCAGAAGCAUGUACUUCUCGCAGAUAUCUAAUAGAGAAGGGGGGCGUUAAUAUUUAGAGAAAUACUUUUCGGGCAUCUAUUUUCAUACUCGAUUAUUUACUCUUCCAAGUUUCCCCCGGUGUCACUGAGCUGUGCUAGUUUUUAC